GGGGCGCUGGCGGCGGGCGCCGCGGAGCCGGAGGGCCGGCCGCGGGCCGGGGCGGCGCCGGAAGGCCGGGCCGGGCUGGGGCCCCGCGCUCGGCUGCCGCCCCUCGGCCUCGUUCCCCGGCCCGGGCGUAGCGUGCGCCGCCCGUGGCGGCGCUCGCGCUUCCUCCAGUAGAACAGCAGUGUAGUGUGGAAGCCGCGCCGCGGCCGCGGAUUAAGCCAGAGAUUGCACUGGAAGCCCUAAGUGCCAGGUCCUUGGUUCCAGACUACAACUGCAGAGCUCCACAGUCUUCCGGUUGCUGAGCCCCCUCAAGGUCAGGUAGGCGGCGCGGUCCUUCGCCACUCUCAACACUCCGCAGUCACGCGAAGUCGGGUCAGUAAUGGCAAGCUCUCGGCACCCGGUGUCUGGGCGCGCGGUGGCUCUGGUGCAGAAGCGGCGGCUCCAGACGUUCGCCUUUUCCGUGCGCUGGUCUGAUGGCAGUGACACCUUUGUGCGCAGGAGCUGGGACGAGUUCAGACAGCUCCAGAAGACCCUCAAGGACACUUUUCCGGUGGAGGCGGGUGUGCUGCGGAGAUCCGACAGAAUUCUUCCCAAGUUUCCUGAUCCACCGCUGUUGGUGCGCGGGGGGCAUACGGGCCGCGGCCUGGCGCGCCUGGGCCUGCUGAAUACCUAUGUGCAGGCCUUGUUGGGGACCGCAGAGCGGGUAUUGAGGAGCCUGGCACUCUCCAGCUUCUUUGAACCACAACCCCUGGACCUGGAGCCGGUGCUUCCUCCUGGAAGCCUGGUGAUCCUGCCUGCCCCAAAGGAGCCUUUACCACGUCCCACGGACCACCUUGCCAUCCACAGCCUGGAGGCUCAGAGGCUCCGCUGCUUGCAGCCCUUCCGCACCCAGGACACGCAGGGCAGGCCUUUCCUUGCAGAGGCUCAGGAAAGCCUGGAUGUACUGCUGCGACACCCCUCAGGUUGGUGGCUGGUGGAGAAUGAGGACCUACAGACAGCCUGGUUUCCAGCUCCCUACCUGGAGGAGGUGGUCCUAGGCCAGGGCAAAGCAGGCCUGACCCUUGGAACCAGCGGGGCCCAGUUCUGUGCUUUGCGUGCCUAUGAAGGCAGCCAUGAUGAUGAGCUGUCAGUGCCUGCAGGGGCGCGUGUUCGUGUGCUGGAAACUUCAGACCGUGGCUGGUGGCUCUGCAGGUAUGGUGGCAAGGCUGGCCUGCUCCCUGCAGUGCUGCUGCAGCCUGAGGGGCUGAGUGUACUCCUGAGUGGGACAGGGAUCCUUGGUGAGGACAAGGCAGAGGCCACCAUGACUCCCCCUGCUGUGCCUGCCCGUCCCCCCUUGAGUGCCAUCCAGAGCCGCUGCUGCACCAUUACCCGCAGGGCACUGGGGAAGGUCCCAGGACCCCUGGGCCCCCCUUGAAUGUGUACAUGACCCUGCAAGAAGACUUGUAAUGUACCCUAGUCACAAAGCCAUGGGCCAAGUGACUCAGACCCAGGGAAUGGCUGAUGGCAGCUCCCCAGCUGGGGGAAUGGAUAAGGGUGGGACUCUGCUUGGCAGGUCAGGAGGGUCCACUUUCCCAUUUCCUCUGAGUAAAGCUUCUGAAUG